UUUCUUUGUCGUUUUGUGUUACAUGUUCUCUUUCCUUCGAUGCUUCGUCGGUCCCCUCCCCCUCCCCGCCCUUCUCUCUCCGUUUCUCCCUUCCGUAGUCCCCUCUUCCUUUUAAAAAAUGUUCCCGCUUCCUUGUUCCUGUCUGUCUCCCAAAUAGCAAGCCCAAGGGAACAAACACCGACCCCUCUAACAUCCCAAAAUCCUAUCACGCUACUCAUAAAUUUGGAACCACAUCACUACUCCGAGACACACAUAACCUUUCCUCCUUUGAGAUGUCCAUCCCUCCACUAAGAACUACCUCCAAAACCCUCAGCCCCACAGCCCAAAGAAUCCUCCACUCCCUCAACACCUGCACCUCCCCAUCCCAACUCCUCCAAAUCCAAGCUCAAAUCCUCCUCCACAACCUCCACCCCAACACCACCAUCGCCUCCUCCUUCAUCGACACCUGCCUCUCCCUCGGCCAUCUCUCCCCCGCCUUCGCCCUCUUCUCCUCCCUCCGCCGCCCCCACGUCUUCGUCUGCAACACCCUCAUCCGCGCCGCCCUCCUCCUCCCCUCCUCCUCCUCCCCUCCCCCCCCUCCCAUCUACUCCCACAUGCUCCAAUCCUCCGUCCCCCCCAACAACUACACCUUCCCCUUGCUCCUCAAGUCCCUCCCCGAUCUCCAGCAAGGCCGGAUGAUCCAUUCGCAUGUCCUCAAGACCGGCCUUUCCGCCGACAUCUAUGUCCAGAACUCAUUGCUAAAACUCUACUCGUCAUGCAUCGACAUGACGACGUGCGAGCAGCUGUUCGACGAAAUGCCUGUGAAGGAAGUCAUUUCAUGGACUACGAUGAUCAUGGGAUACAAGAAUUGCGGAAGGCCGGAUGAGGCCUUGAUCGCCUUCGAGCGAAUGCAGUUUGCCGGCGUGUGGCCUAACCGUGUCACUAUGGUCAAUGCUCUCACUGCGUGCGCAUCCCACGGUGCACUUGAGAUGGGUGUGUGGAUUCAUGACUAUAUAAAGAGGAGCGGGUGGGAAUUGGAUGUGAUCUUGGGGACUUCUUUGGUCGAUAUGUAUGGGAAGUGUGGGAGGGUGGAUGCUGGUGUGAAUGUUUUCUCGAGCAUGAUGGAGAGGAAUGUGUACACCUGGAAUUCGCUUAUAAGAGGUCUUGCAUUGGCUAAGAGUGGCGAGGAGGCAUUGAGAUGGUUCUUUAGGAUGGAGCACGAGGGAGUGAAACCCGAUGCAGUUACUCUGAUAGGAGUUUUGUGUGCUUGCAGCCAUGCAGGGUUGGUGGAGAUGGGUCAGCGAAUCUUUAGUUGGAUGGUGAGCGGAAGAUAUGGGUUUUAUCCCGGAGUAAAACACUAUGGAUGCAUGGUUGAUCUCUUGGGACGUGCAGGCUUUCUCAAUGCAGCAGUUGAGUUCAUAGAGAGGAUGCCUUUCAAGCCAAAUAUGGUCAUAUGGGGGUCACUGCUGAGAGGUUGUAGAGCUCAUGGGGACUUGAGGUUGAGCGAGCUUGCAGUGAAGAAGCUUGUGGAGUUGGAGCCUGCAAAUGUUGCGCACUAUGUCUUGCUGUCUAAUUUGUAUGCUGAGAGUGGGAGGUGGAGGGAUGCUGGGGAGGUGAGGAGGUUGAUGAAGGAAUGGGGCCUGAGGAAGGAUGCUGGUUGGAGCUUUACAGAAGGCAUGGACCUGAAAGAGUGUGUGGGGUAGUUUGUUUGCUCAAGUGAUUGUCAUGAUUGGAUUAAAAGGGCUAACUGCAAAGAUAAGUUCUCGGAGAGCAGCAAGCAGUUUUGGCAUAUUUGAUCGAGGUUUUAUCCAUAUCUCACGUGGAAUCUGCUGAUAUAUUCACGUCCAUACAUCACUGAAAGGCCUCUCUUCAUUGGUUCUGCUCAGCUUACCAGAUCUGAAGAAACGGCAAUGGUGGCUGAUCAUCUCAGAGAAACUGAGACUCGUAACUGAGGGUCUUGAGGAAGCAGAGGAAACGAUGUCAAGGUCUUAAGAGAGGCAUGAUAAGAUUAUUUUUUGAUAAAAUGACACUAUCUAAGCCACUAAGAAAUGCAAGAAGCAUUAGCCGGUGCUCGCCCAGACAUGAAUGAAGCCCUUGCAUUCUCCAUUAGACUACAUCACAUGCAGUUGAAGAUUCUUAGUUUUUAUACUUAUGGUGUUCAUGAUGUGUUUACAAUGACACAUAAGGAUCGUGUAGAGUGGUAAAGUACGAUUGAUGCUUUACAAGUAGGAAGCCACUUCAUAUGUUGAUGGUGUUUUUGUAUCUGUCUCCUUUCCCCCUUUUUCUUGUCACUUUUUACUCAUCAAUCAUUCGAUUACAGUAAUUAUAAGAAAACACUCAUUGUUCCAAUUUUCUGGGGUUUGCAUUAUAAAUUCUCCUUUGA